AUGCCAGCAUUUCAUAGAAAACACUCUUCCGGUAGUUCAAAAAAUCCGCCUGUUUUACUUUCAUCAGAAUCUGCUUCACCUUCAAACGUUGCAUCUAAUGUAGCCGCCCAAGUUGAGAACGCAACUGAAAAAGUACAAACUCAAGUGGCAAAUGUUACAGAACAAGUUGAACAACAUGUCACAGUACCUGAAAGGAAGAAGGCAAUUCCAUUGAAAACUGUUGAUCAUAUUAAAUCUUAUCCGCUGGUUCAAGAAACUCGUUCAUUUUUACAAGAAGUUCCUGCGGCUAGAAUUUUACAUGCUAACACUAAACCAUGGUUGAAAUCCAUUUUAGAAUCCAAAAUGAUGCAAAUAGCUUUACCAGUGACUAAUACAGUUGACACUAUGGCAAAUUCUUCAUUAAAUUUAACUGAAAAAAUUGUCCCAUCUCUAAAGACAAAGACGUAUCAAAAAUUGGGUGAAGAAGCAUUAUUGCCAUAUACUUAUACAAAGAAAUAUGGUAAACAGGCUACCGAUAAGACUCUGUCAAUUGCAGACCAAAACAUCUACCAACCUACUCAUAAUCAAGUUCUUAAAUUUAGAAAAUAUUACAACGAAAAGCUUUAUGAUACAAAGGGUAAACCAUUGGUUAGAAGUUCCUUGGAUCCCUUAACUGCACCGCUAAACAAUUUUUUCCAGAAUAAUUAUGUUAAAUGGUUCCCCAAGGGUGAAGAUGUACCAAAAGAUGGUUAUUCAAGUGAAUUGAACAGAAGCGUUGCCCUAGUGAUUAAUUUUUUUUCUAGAUCAAUUCCUGUUCUUGAGAAAAGUGUAAUUGAUACUGGUAUGAUGCCAUGUCAUUACUUUAUUCAUGCAAACAAAGUUCUUAAUAAAUCCUUGGAUAAGCAACCAAGUUUAGGAUUUAAGGAUUCAUUAAACGGUUCUAAGAAUGCCAUUUCGGAAUUAGAGAAGGAAGCUGCCGAAUACAUCAAGAGUCAUGGUCCACAAAAAUUGUUAACAAAUCCAUUUCACAAUCAAAAGAAGAAAGUGAAUAACGUUGUGGAACAAGGUCAAAAUGCCAUCCAAGACCGUGUGGAGGAAAUUCAAUCCCACGUUUAA